AAACGGCGUUCCACAACCGCCCGGUCAAGAUCGCGACGGAGGCGCGCGCGCAGUGUUUUGAAAUAAAAAAAGAAAAAAAAAAAAAAGCAAACAAAGCUUCGAGAGAAAGAGAGAAAUCGAAAGGAAGAAAGAAGGAGAGUUUUAGUUGAAAGUCCCGCGUUCGGUUGUCGUUCAUUUCGUUGAUUCUCGACCAGGAAACCAACCUCGGCUCGAUUUUAAUCCCAGAUUUCACGAUAUAAGGAAAAAAAAAUUAAAAUAACGCGAUUUUCUCGUACACGCAAGAAUUCCUGUACAUCUAUACAUAGAACGCGAUAACGCGCAGUGGUAGUGGAGUUCUGCCUUGCCACUGCUGCAACUGUCAUUUUUGUUAUUGGCGGGAAGUGUGAUAUGCACACGGGUGGUGUACGCGUAUCCAUGCAGACUUAUGCGUAUUGCCACAUCGUGUGGCUUAAGUGAAUACAUGCAACACCCACGAGGAGACAUUCAAUGAUUACCUGUAUACAGUGUCUGUUACACGUGUAGAUUUGAGAAAAGAAUUUUUUUUUUAUUGCUGCUAAGAUUAUUUUCUUGUCUCAAAAAAGUGGAGGAGAUUAUUGAAUGAAAUCUCUUUUUUAAAAUACUACUUAAAACACGAGCACCAAGGUGCCGAUGAUAACGAAGUAGUUUUGUCGUCGGAAGAAUAUUAAUAACAGUAAUGAUAAUUCAACCAUUGAUAAUUACAACCUGAGUAUAACGUCGUGAAGUAAGAAAACACGAGAAGAAUAAAGUCGAAGAAAAAAACGUCACACGCGUUGCAAAAAAAAAAAAAAAGCAUAAAAAUCUCAUUCUGGCAUAUCUCGCCGUCCUUAUUUCUCGACAACUUCCACGGAUGCCCGUCUCUCCACCACAGUCCUCAAGUCGCUGGUUGGUUGUGUUGGUGUAGUUUAAGGUUUGUGCGAGCUCCGCGCUCAGAAGUUCCUCAGGCCUCGCGCACCGACCGCAACGUUGCCAGAUUUUCAAUAUUCUCCACAACCCGCGCUCUCUCUCGUCGUCGACAGCGUUGACUUGCUCGCUCGCUCGCUGCUUCCAGAACACAUAAAAACCCGCCUGUGUAUAUACGAGCACGCAUACAGAAGCGGAAGUUAAACCGUGAGCUGGUCACUUAACUGCGCGGGCGCGUCAAGUCCUCGAGGUUCCUACCACGCGAGAAAGAGAAGCAUCGAAGAGAGUUUGAUCAUCAUCACCGUGGUCGACGUCGUUUCGUGAAUCGGAAUUUUCUUACGUGCCCAGAUCAAGUGUAACAGAAGAGAAGUGCGCGAUAUAAACCUAGGAAUAAUCGUCGGAGUACUGUUCAGUAAUCUUUCCACAAAUCGAUCAAAAAGUGAAAGAAGUCGAGGAAGCCCGCGCAUUUUUCUUUCUCGUCCAUUCCAACUCGGUUCGCACUGUGUGCGUGUGUAUAUGCGUACGUGUGUACGGAGCUCGUUUGGAAACUUCGAGUGUAGUUGCGCAUCGGUGUCAAGUGCGUACGUGUUUACGCGGGCCGUGUGAUAAAUAGUCCCGUGUGAUUUCACGCUCGCAUUCAAGUGGUGGAAUUUGUGUUCAAAGUAGUGGAAAGUGGUGUUUCAAAAGCACAGAGUCUCGACUUUUGACCGUGCGGUUAGUACCGAAUACCGAUUCGAUUCGGCGUGCGCCCCACAGCAACGCGAUUCAGCGCCUGUGAAAAUCCACACGAGAAACAGAUAUCCUUAAGUACGUGAGAGAAAGUAUCCCGAUACCGGCCUCCAAAGCAUUCUAAACGUUCCCGUACAACAUCGUCUACUAUAAUCGUUGCGAAAACGGUCUAAAUCGGGGUUGAAACUCUUGGGAAAUGGAUAUUUGAGUGAAUAAGAAGAGGUCGGUGCAGCGAUAAAAGAGGCGGACAUUUUGAACGACGAUAGUUCGUCCGUCUCUCUCCCACCUUCUGGCCGAGUCCGGCAAUAGAGGAGGCGUGUAAUAAUCGUUGUGUGUCGUCGUAACUGCGCGCGCGGGGCGAGAAUCGCGCCUGUGUGUCGGUGAGUCGCAAGUUCCUGUGUGUUUGCCUGUCGGUGCCCAGCGCGGCUAGGAAUCGAGACGAGACUAGGCGGUGGACCGAGACGGGCGACUCGCGUGUGCUGACCAAGAGACUCGCGGAGCGCCGCGCCGCGGCGACAAGAGGCAUCCAAGGGGCGAGAGAUAUGAGCGCGCGAGUUUUGAACCCGAUGCUAAUGACGGAAAUGGGCCGGAGUUCGGUGGGCGGCUUGCAGCAGGGCCGCGGCCGCGUCGUGCCGACGAAGGCUGAGCUGGCUCCGAUCCGACGGGACCUUUUCGGGCCCAUCGAUCACGCGGCAGCCCGCGCCCUUGCCGAGCGUGAAUUGCAGGCUCAAUCGCGUCUGGACGCGGAGCGAUGGGGCUUCGACUUCCAGUCCGGGGUGCCGCGGUCCUCGACGAGGUACACCUGGGAGGUCAUCGCGCCGACGGAGGUCGUCCCCGAGCCCUACGCCCUCCGGGGCAUGCCCUACUUGCGGAAACACGCUCCCAGCACACCCCGAAAACCGGCUAAGGUCAAGGCGGCCACCCUCGCCAACAGCGAGGCCAAGCCUUCCACCGUCACGACCACCCCCCUAAUCGCGAGAAACGCCGAGAUGACGCCGCCCCAGGAACACCGCGUUCCAGACAUCGACGAUCGGUCGGACGACGAAACCACUCCCGACGCCACUCGUCCUCACGAUGAAGAACGCGAACUCGACGAGGUCAGGCUCAAACAGUCCCCCGACGAUCCGACCACUCCCGUUCUGCCACACGCCGCGAGGAAACAGUCAACGAUCACCGACUUUAUGAAGAGUCGCAAGCGUUCGUUGAAAGGCACGUCGUCGAAGAGCGGCAGCAUCGUGAUCGAACCACCGGAAAAAAUAUCCCGUAACGCGGGACAAAUACGCAGCUAAGAGAGAAAUGCAGUUACGCGCGUGUAUAUAUACAUAUAUAUUAUAUACGAUAUAUGUAUGUGUAUAUAUAUAUAUGUGUAUAUAUGUAUAUAUAUACAUAUGCAGAAUUUAAAUCCGAUUAUUAUUCUUAUAAUAUGUC